AUGACUGCAACCAAGAUCAUUUCCAUCGUUGGCAUUAUCAAAACCCAAAGAAUAAAGCUUAAGUCAACUGCCAAAGGUAUUAUGACCCCAGCAGGACAUUUCCACCUAGCCCUGAUGUUUGGGCCAAUUAUUUUUGGGUCAGGUGUUCCGAAUUCAACGGCGGACGAUCCUCUAGGCCUGUUUGCGGAUUGUGCUAUAUUCUACCAGGACAAGGAAAGCAAGAAACGUGGGUUCUACAGGGAACACAGGCGGGUAUCCUCUAGAUCAACACUCGCGUGCCUGAAGCGUAUUUACGGCGGUUCAUUCUCGGGCUAUCCAGCAAGUGGAAACCUGAAAGAGGCUGCUGUUAUCCAUUGUUUGAUCAGAGUCGCUCCAAAGUGCAGAUACUCAUCAAAGAGAGUGUCUGCCCAACGGGAACAACUUCACAGAUCAGCUAGAGAGCUCAUUGUUUAUAUCAAACAGCUUCUUGGGGUGGAAGUUGAGAAGUACCUUCUCCGAAUCGCCGAGCUCCUUAUGGAUUCAAGGAUGAAGAUGUCCUGGAAUAUGUGGAGAAACAACUGCCAGAGGUUUGUCAACCAGCUUCUCGGCGGCAAGGACUUCGAGUAUGUUUUCCCACGGCUUCCUCCUAACUUUGGAUCUCGGACACAGGCCGGUGAUGCUGAACAGUUUUGUUGGCCAAGAUAUCUCAUAAGUUUUGGAGGGCACAUUGAAGGAUUCGGCAUCAGCCUCGAUCAGCCCAACAGUGUCCUAACAAACUUUGGCCAAAACAAAAAGGUCGACUAUGACAUAAUGGAGUACCGCAUUGUAGCUCACUCCAGGCUAUCUAAAUCCCUCGCACAGCUCGCCUUGAUUGACUCGAAUACUGACGCUGGCCACGCUGCAGUGCUCGAAGCCAACGCUCUUUGGGAACUUCCUCUAGACACCCUAUCACUGCUGCAAUUUCAAUUGACUCAGCCUCCUCACAAGUAUUUUGCCAAAUCUGGCAAAUCUGGCGAAUCUGACAAGCCACUGACACACAAGCAUUGGAUCGACAACCGUCUUAGUCUUUUACGACUUCUUGACAUAUUUGCAUCUCUUACCGGAGAUCUGGGAGUUGCACUGCUGUCCAUGUUCACCAGGAAGCCAAGUCUCAUCUCGAAGGUCACUAUCCCGAAAUCUCUUGUUUUUGGGGCUGCACGAGCUGACGAGGUCAUUGGCACACUCCGGAUCUCGCGUCUAACCACCAUCUACCUCCUUUCACGGCGCGGCGGCACGGAAGCUCUCUCCGUCUUGAAUGAUGAAGCCGCCAAGUGGAAUGAGGAGUUGGCGAUGAAAUUAAGCAUGUUAUUGCAGAAAUUUAGCCAACAGCGCGCGCUCAAAGCAUGCAUUACGUUCGCCACAAUCUACGUUCACAGGGUCAACAAAGCUCGGAAGGGAUUUACAGGGGUGCCACUACUACCGCUACUAUUGCUUCCUCAGACGAUAGACAAUUCAACUAAGUCAUGGAAACAAUAUCAGGGCGGUUGGUUUACAUUCGAGGUCAGGGAUAUAAUGUUUACACAAUAG